AUGAACGUUUCUGGUGGGGCCGUUAAGGUCUUCAAACUAUUAUUCUUUCUGUCGAUUUUGUAUGUGGCUUUGACUGCGAGAAUUAACGGUCGUAAUGAAGUGCAAUGGCAGCAGCAUGCUGCUGCCAUUGGCACACCAGAGUCCCUCACACUGUUAAUCGCACAUCCGGACGAUGAAGUGAUGUUCUUUUCACCUAGUUUACUGCAAUUGGACCGGCUGCUGCCGCAGUCCGUUCGGUUCAAUUUUGUGUGCCUCUCAAAGGGUGACGCAGAUCAUUUGGGUGAAACGAGAGAGCUGGAGUUGCAAAGAUCCCUCAACUUGCUCACGAGUAACUCACAGCGCAAGACGCAGUUGUACCAGUUUGACUAUCCUGAUGGGUUUGACGAAAAGUGGGAGAUAGAGUCCGUCGUUUCAAUUGUAGAAUCUAAGGUCUUUAUAGGUAGCGGUUUCAAUCUCUUACUGACAUUUGAUGCACACGGUGUUUCAAACCAUCCCAAUCAUGUGGCGUGUCACAACGCAGUGGCACGACUCAUAGAAAAGGGUCAUAAAGCCCUAUAUUUGAAUUCUCAUUCUAGAAAUUUGCCUUUGAAAUACAGUGGCUUUAUAUGGGAGUUGAUCCGGAUGCUCUCUGACAGCGUCAUGAAGCUUGAGAGAACAGGUCUGACGUUCAUGAAUUCUUUUCCACAGUACAUCCUGGCGUUUGCAGCAAUGGCCAACGCGCAUGAAUCACAGCUAGUAUGGUUCCGAUACGGUUGGUGGAGUCUCUCACGGUUCGUGUUUGUUAAUGAUCUGGAGAUUGUCAUCUAA